AUGGAAGCCAUUGUAGUAAGUGGUAGAUGCUCAAAAUGGACGUGCUGGACACCUUGCUCUGUAAGCUGUGGUAGUGGUAGCCAGGAAAGACGACGAACAUGCCAUUACCCAGCUCGAGCAAGAUACAGAUACAGAGCAGAAUGCGGAGGCUCUAGGUUAGAAAGCAGACCAUGUACAGUUACGACUUGUUCAAUUGAAGGCAACUGGGGAAAUUGGAUGGACUGGUCAACAUGUCCUGUAACCUGCGGUGGUGGUAUGCAAGUUAGAUCUAGAUUAUGUAAUAACCCAGCACCAGCUAACAAUGGACCAUUUUGUAGUGGACCUGAUUCAGAAAGAAAAUCUUGUGAAAUACUUCCUUGUCCAAUUGAAGGUAACUGGGGAAAUUGGAUGGACUGGUCACCCUGUCCUGUAACCUGCGGUGGUGGUAUGCAAGUUAGAUCUAGAUUAUGCAAUAACCCAGCACCAGCUAACAAUGGACCAAAUUGCAGUGGACCUGAUUCAGAAAGAAAAUCUUGUGAACCACUUCCUUGUCCAAUAAAUGGUAACUGGGCAGGAUGGUUGUCAUGGUCUCUAUGCUCUGUAUCAUGUGGUCAAGGUGCUCAAAAUAGAAAGAGAACAUGUAGUAACCCAGCACCAGCUUUCAACGGACAAGAUUGUAGUGGCUCCGACUCAGAAACAGAAUUAUGUGUCCUUACUGCAUGUCCAAUAAAUGGUAACUGGGCAGGAUGGUUGUCAUGGUCUCCAUGCUCUGUAUCAUGUGGUCAAGGUGCUCAAAAUAGAAAGAGAACAUGUAGUAACCCAGCACCAGCUUUCAACGGACAGGAUUGUAGUGGCUCCGACUCAGAAACAGAAUUAUGUGUCCUAACUGCAUGUCCAAUAAAUGGUAACUGGGCAGGAUGGUUGUCAUGGUCUCCAUGCUCUGUAUCAUGUGGUAAAGGUGGUGCUCGAAAUAGAAAGAGAACAUGCAGUAACCCAGAACCAGCUUUCAACGGACAGGAUUGUAGUGGCUCUGGCUCAGAAAGACAAUUAUGUGUUCUUACUGAAUGUCCAAGUUAG